CUUUUUCCCCACAUAAAACGAGACCAACCUCUCCCCUCCCCCCUCCCCAACCAGAGAAAGCAAAGAAGAUUUGAGGAAGCGUGAGGGUGACAGUAUGGAAUACUUGGAGCAAGAGAAUUCUUCCAUAGAUCGAAAGAAGUUGACUGGAGAGUUGAUGAAAGGGCAAGAAUCGGCAACCAAGCUCAAGAUCCUAUUGCAAGAGUCCUUUUCAUCAGAGGAUCACGCAAAGAACUCCAUGGUUGAGCUCUUUAUUGAAGAAAUUUUGGGAUCCUUCUCUAGAGCAUUCACUAUCUUGAACUCUGGCAAGGCACCAGAGGCCCCUGUAGAUCAGGCAACCACUCCUUGCUCUGAAGAGCAAGAAAGCCAGAAUUCAAGUAAGAAGAGGAAGAUCCAAUCAAGUCCAAGAACUGGUUAUAGGAGAAGGGCUAAUCUCUAUUCAUCUACAAGAAUCUUAUCAGAGACGAUGGAAGAUGGUCGUACAUGGCGAAAAUAUGGACAGAAAGAUAUCUUUAAUUCUAAGUAUCCAAGGAGCUACUUUAGAUGCACUCACAAAUAUGACCAAGACUGUCAAGCCACAAGACAAGUCCAGCAAUCAGAGGAUGAUCCCUCCAUAUAUGUGAUCACUUACAUGGGAGAGCACACCUGCAGAGAUCCUACCAUAUCUCCCCAUCUUCUCCCACCUUCCCCUCAGAGACCAUCUUCUAUCAUUAGCUUUGGAUCAGAAACCACUGCAGAUAAUCAAAAUGAAAUCCCCCUCAACUCUUCCUGCUUCUCGGUACUAAAGCAAGAGACUGAUGAAGAAGCGCCAAGCGAUCCAACUCCAAGAAGCUCUUCCUUAGAAUUUCUCAUGCUGCCAGACAUCGAAACAUUCGAAUGGUCUGCGCCGAUGGCACAAUACAUGGGGAUUGCAUUGGAUCAAUGCGAUGCUACGUCUGACAUGCACUCUUCUAAUAGUUGUUUAGAUAUGGAAAUUAACACAAUCUCAUUUGAGUUUGAUGAUGUGUUUAGCGUUGAUCAGGACAAGCUUUUCUAAGACUAGAGGUAAUUUGAAAGGUACUGCCAGCUAUGAGAAUUUUGUUCUUUUUUUUUGAGGGAUAAAAUUAGCUAUGAAACUUUUAAUGUAUAGUGAGAGAAGCUUUGUGAAAGCUCUUUUAUGUACUCUAAUUUCAAUUUGCUUCACUAUUGAGAAAUAUGAAUAAUCUUUUUUCUGAA